ACCACGCCAUAUUUUAAAUCAAUGUUUCGUGGACCGUGCAGUUAACAUUACAAUAAAUAUAAUUUUACACUUUUACUAUAUCGGUUAUUUUGACGCAUAGUUUCAUGGCUUCAAAUGCUGUUGCAUAGUGAAGUCUCCCAAUAUGGGAAAUAAAUUUCAAAUAUUUUAAUUGUUCACUUUGUGCGUUGUUCUGAUAUUGCCUUAAUAAGUAAGCAUCGAGGUCGUGCUGAAAGCGGUGUGAUUUGAAGUGUAAUAAUGGUUAUGUGGACUAUUUUAAAGUCAUUGAACCUAAGUGCGGCGUGCUGACAUUGUGUCUUGUGCAUCGAAAGCAUGUAAAUAAACAUGAACGAUAUAGGCAUUAAAAUAGUGGAAUCUCCGAAAGACCGGUUGCUGGGAGCCGAAGUGUCCCCUGCGCCGGAGUUAGGAAACGAAAAUGAAGUCGAUCCCUUGUCGAUUGAUGAUGAUGUUGCUGUGAAGAAUCCGAUUGUGGUUUCUGAUGAUAAACCAGUGCGAGACGAAAUUCAGGAGAGCUGUGAUGAUAAUGCCAAAGAAGAGCCAAUAAGUGAGCCACAGAUUAACGAUAGUGAUAAAUUACAAGUGUCUGAGACAGUUAAAGUUUCAGAGACCAUUAAGGAGGAAAGUGUGAUAGAAGCCUUACCAGAAGAGAAUGCAGAACCAAUUGAGGUAAACAUUGAUGCACCCAAGCAGGAAGGCAAUGUUGGAGACUGUAAUGAAGGUCUGGACCAUCCUGUAAGUGUAGCUUUGGAAAAUAAAGAGCCUGAACCUGUACCCGUCACAGUGAGGGACAGUCUAAAGGAAGUGAUAGAAGUUGAGAAGACUACUGAUGUGGAGAUGACAGAUGUUCAGCUGGUUGAGAAACUUGAAACAGAACCUAAGCCCAAUAUACAGGCUGUUAACGGUGAUAUAACAAAGGAGGAACAAUCACACAAAAGACGAGCUAGUGAAGAUGUAGACACUGAAUCUCCUUUGAAAAAACUUUGUGCUGAAGUAGAAAAAACAUUUCCUCAACAUGACAUAAUGAUAAAUGAUUACAUACACACCGCCACUAAGAACAACAUAGAUGAAAUACAGAGGCACACAGAACAAUUACUAUCUGAAAUACAGACAUUACGAGAACUGGCCCAGAAAAAGGAACACGAAUGGAACAACAUAUUACAUUUGAAAAAAGUCAAAGAAGAAAUAUUACUAAGGCUUCUUAGGCGAAAACAAGUUCUCUCGUUCGAGAAGAGUGCUGAUGUGAAUGGUGCUGAGAGAACUGAUCCUUUCGAUUAUCUAAACCAAGCUAAGAACUUGGCUAUUGACAAGAGUGAUGAGAUAUCUGGAUUAGCGAUCAAGCAGCCGGGGUCAGCUAUGAUCAACACUAUCAUCCAGCCACCAGUCUUACCUGUUACCUCACACUUUAAUCCUAUGUCAGGAUUACCGCCACCAUAUGAUAAAGCAGCUCACAUGCAAUCUAUGCCAAAGCCUGUAUUCCCGCAGGCGAUGAUGAUGCCAGGACCAAUGCCAGGAUUUCCCAGAGACAUGAACGGGCAAUUGCCGGCGUUUGGUAUGCCAAUGGGUCGUCAAGGACCGACGAAAGAUGUCAAAUCUAUAAUAGCUGAUUAUAGACAAAGAAACCCUGAAAUAACUCCUCGGAGAGGGAGAAGAAUGAAGUCUAUAGUAAAUCCCAAUAUGAUGAACACUCCGAGGCCGAUUGCACCUAAAGUUGACAAUAUGAAUAAUUUAAGUAACCUCAACAUGUUAUUCAACAAUUUAGAUAUGAACCAAAAAGCGAUGCUGGAACGGCUGCAACAAAUCCAAGCAGGAAGUCUUCCAAACGGUUUAUCAUUCAAAGAUGUGCUCGUGCAGUUAGCGAACAUGCAACAAAACAAUCUAAUGCCCACCAGGCCCGUCGAAACCAUGACCAACCGACCAGAACAUCAUAUCAGACCAGAGAGUAGGAGGCGGCAAGAGAGAAACGAAGAAGCCCAUAUGAUGGCCAAGCAAGCGGAGCGGAUGGCGGCCUCGAGUCCAAGACUGCCACCACCACCUCCAUAUCCAGAAAUCUCACUGCUACCAGUUACGACCAGCCAAGAAACGGCACAAUCACAGCAGAACUCCUUACUACAUGGGAUUUUGACUAAGCAGGCGCCCCCCGCCUCUCAGAGUUACUCGCCGACGUUGGCUAAACUGCUUACGUCGCCGGAACGGAAACAGAGCGCUCCGCCGUUGCCAACUUUCGGUCAGGCCAAGAACUGUGGCGAGAUCACCAUCACCCCGGUGCAGCCCGCGCAGCCGGAACCCGCCGCGGAGAAAACGGAAGUGGUGCAGCUGGAGGAGGAGGAGAGCGGUGCGUCGGAGGAGUCGGGCGCGUCGGGAGCGUCGGGCGCGUCGGGCGCGUCGGGCUCGGGCUCCGGCUCGGGCCGGCUGGUCAUCGACGAGGGCGCCGACGACGCGCCCACGUGCCAGGGCUGCCGCGCGCGCCUGGCGCAGUUCGUGUGCGCCGGCUGCGCCAACCAGUGGUACUGCUCGCGCGACUGCCAGGUGGCGGCGUGGGACGAACAUUCGGAGAUGUGUUCCGGUUGAAAUAAUCUAACUAGCAAGUUCUUAUAAAGAAAUUAUCAGAGUCGCGACACGAGCCGCAUUGCAUUGCCUUACGAUAUAUUUUAAAGCGGUUUUGGUGAAUCUCUAUAUUGUUUAUCGUUAUUGGUGAGGUUGUUUUUUUAAUCUGUCGAAGUACCCAUCUAUCCUAAUAUUAAUUUCUGUAAAAAUAUAUUUUGUAUUAGUACGUUAUGAUCGACGUAAGACCAUGAUUUAGUCGUUUAUGAAAGUGGGCGUUCAAGUAUUACGUACGUAACGUUUUUAAGUACAAUCCGUACAUCCUUACAUUUACAUGCGAAUGCAAAAAAAGAACAAAACCCAACGCAGUUGAAGAUGCGUAAGUGUUUAAAACUUAUGUUCAAUUCAAAGAUAGCUUUAUUUACAAUCAUUGCGUACAUCACUGUUUAAAUAUAUGCAUGUAGUCACGGACUACAGCAGUACAUGCAUCGACAAUCUCUGCCACAUAUAACGCGUGCGUGGUUUAUCACAUGAGUCAAGCUACAUUGACACUAUUCCAUCUCUAUCGUUUGGUGGCACAAGCUACGUGUACGAAAGAGAUAAAACAUAAACAUGUAGCGACACACACAGCUAUUACGAACAUGUAUAUAUGUGAACAAAAUUGAAGCUUAUUUUAAACGAUAUUAGACUUAGAUUCGCUUAUAUAUUUAUAACGCUAAAAAUACAGUAUGAUAAUUAAACUUCAAAGGAAUUCAAAUGUUUUGACAUGUUGUGACUUUGUUUUGCUUGAUGUAUACAGUCUUGACCUCGAGGAUCACAUCUUAAGCACAGCAAGCGCUCGGAUAGAGCAAUGUUUUGGCGAUUGCCCUCCACACAAAAAAUACUUUCGGGUGAGCCUCACCAAUAGACCAAUAAUUGAACAGAAUCGGUCCCCGAAUUCGCGGUGUUCGGUUUAUUUUGGCACCCCAAAAAACAUUUUCGACAAUUUCGAUGAUUCUAAAUGAUCUAUAACUUCCAUCACUUCGAAUAAAAUUCGGUAGAAGGCAUAAUUAAAAAGCUUACACUAAUCAAAAAAAAGGUUUCAUACAUUCUGAUUUUGUUAGAUUAUAAUAUUAAUGGGUGAAAGUAAAAAAAAUGUGAGCUCCUGCGUGCGUACAUAAUCCUUGAACGACAUUUUUAUACGAAAAUGAUGGUUUUUCUUUACGUUUAUAAUUAUAAUGUUUAAAGAUUUCGUAGCUGCGUUUCGAACUUAAUUAUUGGAUGCUUUAUUUUUAACGUCGAGAACAUAUAAACUAAGUAUAUAAAUAUUUAAAAUGAUCACUCAUUCGCCUAACAACUGAUAUACGACCGUACUAUUAAAUUUUCGAUAGCGGAUGAACACGCAACGAUCUUUCUCUUUCUGUCAUCAGUAAUUUGACAUACGAAAGACUAAGAUAGAGCAUCGUGUGUACCGCUAUACAAUGUUUCUUAGUAAUGGCGGUAGAAUGUAAAGUACUACGUAAUAUUACAAUUUGUAUUUGUAACGACUAGUAGUGAUGAAAUGUGCACGUGUAAUAAGUAAAUGAUUCGAAUAUUAGAAAUAGUUUUGGACGACUAAGAAAAAUUUAAACAUUUAAAUAUUCGUAUUAAAAUUGUAAUGAAAUGUCUCAAUUUAAGUUAAAUUAAGACAUGCAAUAAAACCUCUUUUAUUAUUUUAUAUUUUUUUUCUGA